AUGCAGCCCCCCGCAGUCCCAAGAGUAAGCCUUGCAGCCAAUCAGGAGGACGAGACGGACAUGGAGACGUUUCAGAUGGAGAUCGACAAAGAAACCAGGAAGUGCACGUUCUGCACCAGCCAUGGGAACUACUGGGACCUGGUGGCCCACGGAGGCAUCCAGAGCUCAGCCACUGAAGUGUCAGCUACCAGCAUGUUUUCAGUGGAGUGGCUCGGCCACAAGGUGGCACUAAAAGCUAACAAUGGGAAAUACAUCUGCACCAAGAAGAACGGCCAGCUGCUGGCUGUCAGUGACUCCAUAGGCGAGGACGAGCAACUGACGUUGAAACUGAUCAACAGGCCGAUGCUGAUCCUGAGAGGAGAGAACGGCUUCAUCUGUCACCACAAGAACUCCAACCUGCUGGACGGUAGCCGGUCCGUCUACGACAUCUUCAGCCUGCAGUUCAGCAACGGGGCGUACCACAUCAGAGGAGUGGACGGUCGGUUCUGGUACGUGAACAGCUCCGGGCUGGUGUGUUCAGACGGCGAAGUUCCUGAGGAUUUCACUGUGGAGCUGCUGGAGCACGGCCGCCUCGCCAUCCGGGGGAAGAACAGAAAAUACCUGCGAGGAGACCAGGGAGGAACGCUGAAGGGAGACGGACUCAGCCUGAGCAGCUCGGCCCUGUGGGAGUAUUAAAACAUUAAAACAUUACAUCAUCAGUAUGACGUCAAGAGUCUAAAGGUCUGUGACACUUUAAGGUGGAAGACAUUUACGUACCAGAGACGAGGUACAACUUGUACUGAAUUAAUCGCACAUUUUCCAGCUUCCUGUUACAAAGAAGUCAAAGCCUCACAUCACAGGAGAGUGUGAGAACAAGAACCAAGAGAAGUCCUGAUGACGUGAACAAUGCUUCGGAUCAAACAGCAGCAUGAGUGUGAAUGAACUUUAGAGUUUUUGUGUUGUUCCUUAAGAUUUUUUCCAAAGAGCAUGCGAUGCAAGAUCUAUUUUUUGUCCAAUCUAACAUCUCCAUCUUUAGAA